UGUGCGUUGUUUUCACAGUGAUUUAAAAAAAGUUUUAAAAAGUAAUGGAAGAGAGGAAGGUGCUUCGGACGCCGAAGUGCGCGCGGUGCCGGAAUCAUGGGGUGAUCUCGUGCUUGAAGGGGCAUAAGCGGCUGUGCCGGUGGAGGGACUGCCGCUGCCCAGGGUGCCUGCUGGUGCUGGAGCGGCAGCGCGUCAUGGCCGCGCAAGUGGCACUGCGACGGCAGCAAGGCGCAGGCGGGGCGGCGCCGCGCGGCGAGGCAGCGGCGCUUGCCGCGCGGAAACGUGCGUAUCGCGCGCGGCUGCGCUGCGUGCAGUUGUCACGCGUCAGCGCACCUCAAUACGGUUAGUGUCAUGAGGCCCUGCCGGGCGGCGACGCGGCAUGGAGCGAGCGCGUCCGCCGCCGGCGCGCCUUCGCCGACGCGGCCCUGGAGGCGCCCGCGCCCGCCCCCGCGGCGCUCUGGUGCCGCCACCUGCUGGCCGCGCUCUUGAACUACGCACCUGCUCCGCCUCCACCGCCGAGGCCCAAGAUUUCUUUCUCUAUCGAGUCUAUCAUUGGCGUGCAGUAG